AUGAGCACUAAAACAACAUUUCAAGAAGGUUUAUCUUUUAAAACUUUAAGUUUUUCACCCAAAUCUGGUCAAGAAAAAAAAGACUCAGCUAUUAUCGUCUUACAAGAAUGGUGGGGAGUUAAUGAACAAAUUAAGGCACACGCUCAAAUUAUUGCAGAUAACACUAAUUCAUUGGCUAUAGUUCCAGAUCUUUAUAAAGGAAAGCUUGGAUUAUCUCGUGAGGAAGCAAGUCAUUUGAUGUCGAAUUUAGAUUGGAAAGAAGCUCUAGGUGAAUUGGAAACCCUUGUUGAUUCUUUGAGAAAAGAAAAUCGGGUGAAAAUUGCAUCGAUAGGAUUUUGUAUGGGUGGCGCAAUGAGUCUUGCACUUGCUGCUCGUCUUUCACAAAGUAAACCAUUAGCAGCUGCUAUUACAUGUUAUGGUACUCCAUCUCCAGCCAUUGGUGAUGUGUCUGUUAUUCCAUUAAAAACACCUGUUCAAGGUCAUUUCGGUAAAGAAGAUGACAUUACUGGUUUCAGUGAUCCAAAUACUGCAAAUUCACUCGAACGCUUACUUAAUGAAGGUAUCAAAAGAGAAGGUGCGACUGGUAAAGAAAUUGCAAUUUAUCAUUAUGAUGGACAGGGCCAUGCUUUCUUAAAUAACGAAGAAUUUGCCAUCAAAGGACAAACUUAUCCUACUGGAGAUAAAGAUGCCCAAGAUUUGGCAUGGAAUCGGAUUUUCGAAUUCUUAAAAAAAUAUUUGUAA